CACGGCCCGGCAGGGUGCGGCGCCGGCCGAGAUGCCGUGCCGCCCGGGAGAGCGCUUCCUGCUGCUGGAGCGCUCGGUCGCCGUGGGCAGCGGGCUCCAAGGAGUAGACGCGCUGGUGGCCAAGCUGGGCGAAGUGCUGCAGUUGAGCGCCCAGCGGGCGCCGCCGCCGCCCCGCGGCCCCAAGCACCUGGGGCCGGGCAGCGCCCGCGACCGCGCAGCCCCCUACUCGCCCCGCUGCAGCGGAGGCGCCCUGCUGGCGCCGCGGGGGCCGGCACCGCCGCAAGCCCACCAGCAGCACUCCGAGCCUCCGCGGCCGGACCGGAGCGGCCACCAGCGGGUGACCAAGCAGCUGUGCGGCCGGGGCUGGCUGCGGAGCGCCGCUCGCCGGAGGAAGCAACCGCCACCGGGGCCGGGAGACGGACCUGCGGAGGAGGAGGACCCCCACCGGCUCCUGCAGCAGCUCAUCCUCUCCGGCAACCUCAUCAAAGAAGCCGUCCGGCGGCUGCAGCUAGCGGCGGCGGCGGCGGCGGCUGCGGCCUCUACGGCCUCCAGCGGCAGCGCCUCGGCAGGAAGCAGCGGCGCGGACGUCGAGGCAGCGGAGGCGGCGGGCGUUGCAGCCCCUGCAGUAGCCGGCGGGGACCGGUGGCCGGGGCAAGAGGAGCGCGGACGGGGGCGUUAGAGGCGGCGGGGCCCCUCCGCCGAGCGGACUGCGGGAGCGCGGUGCUGGCUCCGCCGCGAUGUAAGUCUCCCCCGCGGCGGGGCCCCCAAC